CAGGGAGAAACCUGUAUUUGUAGCUGACAUAAACAUUAACGAGGAAGGCUUGACCAGGAUAGUAGUCUGCUCGUUGUCUUGUUUUUUUACCUAAAGUGUCUAGAUAUGUUUUCCUCUAAAUUUACUUUUUAAAGAUCUUGGACACAAACUGCAAAGGACAUGUUUUAACAGCAGGGGGCGAGCGCAUGCAGCAAAUUAUGUGGUCUGUCUGCCUCUGACAGCCGAAGGCCCGUAGAGUGGAUCGUUCUUUCCGGGGUUCGAACAACAAGUCUAAUGUGCUGCAGGAGAGUCGAGGACCAUCGAUGAUAAAUUGGUAUGUCUGAAGUUAGUCUUGAGGCUGAAGCGGGGAUGACCUCAGCCGGGGACUCUCAAAUGGAUUUUGAGGAGGCUGACAAAGCAGAAGAGAGUUUGAGGGUGGAUGUAGAACAGGAGAGUGCAGACAACAGUAGGGAAAGAAAUGACAUGGAUGAUGUGCUGUAUGACAUUGAUAUUAACAGCGCUGAAGAAAAAGCAGAAAGCGGUGACAAGGCUAUUCAGGAGGAGGAUGAGGGCAUUCAGAGAGAGAGUGUGGUGAAGACAUGCAGUGGCAGUGACGCCGCACACAUGUCUGACAGUGUAGAAAAUGGGGGCCACGAGACAAAUCGUCACGUUGAAACAGCUGAAACGCCAGAGGAAAGUGGAGAUUCUCACACUGAAACAAAGCAAGGCAGAAUGACUGAGGAGUCGCAUAGAAGCUCAGCUGCUGAGAUCUCAGUCACCAGCAACGGAGACCUGGAUCAGAGCCCCGAGACCGUGUUCCAGAGGGACUUCAGUGUCCCCAGGGCCCUAAAUCUUUCAGAGUCUUGUGUCACCUCCAGCAACUUCGCUUCAACAAUAGAGGGCAUCAUUGAAUCAGGACCAUACAAAGGGUCAGCCAGCCAGCCCACGUCACCCGUGACACCUCUAGCUCCCAGCUCGGCUGUUGCUAGCCGCCUGGCGCGCUCUUCCAGCGAUAGUCAGGCUGAGAAAGGCGAGAUGAAUGCACAGCCAGUGAGUGGAGCGGUGGUCCUUUCAGAAGACUUGAAGAGCCCAGCAAUGGAAAAACUGGACCUAGUGAGAAAGUGGAGCAUCAACACAUAUAAAUGUACCAGGCAGAUCCUGUCAGAGAAGCUGGGUCGAGGCUCGAGGACCGUGGACCUGGAACUGGAGGCUCAGAUCGAUGUCCUCCGCGACAACAAGAGAAAAUACCAGAAUGUAAUCAAGCUGGCUCAGACACUGGCCAGUCAGCUGUCCCAGAUAAUGCAGACGCAGAGGCAGCUGGGCGACGCGUUCGCCGACCUCAGCCUCAAGUCACCAGAACUGCAUGAGGAGUUUGGUUACAACGCUGACACCCAAAAGCUUUUGUCCAAAAAUGGAGAGGCACUGCUGGGUGCCAUCAACUUUUUCAUCUGCAGUGUGAACACACUUGUGGACAAAACAAUCGAAGACACCAUGGUUAAUAUCAAACAGUAUGAAUUUGCAAGGGUUGAGUAUGACGCGUACCGUACAGAUUUGGAGGAGUUGAAUCUGGGGCCACGUGACGCCGCCACCAUGCCCAAGAUUGAGCACUGCCAGCAGCAGUUCCAGAUCCACCGCGAGAAGUACGAGAGGAUGCGGAACGACGUCUCCGUCAAGCUGAAGUUCCUGGAAGAGAACAAGGUGAAGGUAUUGCAUAACCAGCUCAUCCUGUUCCACAACGCCAUAGCUGCAUACUACGCUGGAAACCAACAGCAGCUGGAGCAGACACUCAAGCAGUUCCACAUCAAGUUGAAAAUGCCAGGUGGGGACAGUCCAUCUUGGCUGGAAGAGCACUAAUCACUACUUUCAAAGCCACAGUGGCUCCGUUUGACAGGAAUUGUCAAAUUCUACAGAAACUACAGAAAAAGAAACUUCAACUCUACUUUCGCUGCCUUUCAAACUCUGAACUGUAAAUCUUUCAAUUCAAUACAAAAAAGGAAAAAGAAUUCUCCCAAAAUCAGUUUUACACUUUUAUGUUAAAUGAACCUUUUCAUCUUGCAGUUAGGCCUGUACGAUUCAGGGGGAAAUACAAAUCACAAUUUUUUUUUAGCUUAGAAUUGAUAUCACGAUUCUCUGCCACGAUUUUUUUCUCACAAAGUGUAAUGUUUAUUUCAAACAUCAACCAUGACUAAACGAAUUGGCAGUACCAAACAUUUUUUGGCACCUAUAGCACAUUGGGCAUCACCACAAGCCUGUAAACAUAAAGGCUUCAAUGAAGAGAAGGGAGAGCAUUGCAGAGCUUAAGAGCUCUUUAAAACCUAUUUUAUACAAUCUACGUUUGAAACUCAGAGAGAAAGUAGUAGCGUUUGUGAUGCAGUCGGCUCGCGAAAUUAAAUGAGAAUCUAAGUCAUUAAAAAAAAAGUUAUUUAAAAAUUGAAUCGUGAACAGGGUGAAUCAAGAUUGCAAUUUUUAUAACGAUUAAUCGUGCAGGCCUGCUUGCAAUUAUGUGAAAUCGUGGGAUACGCACUUUUUUACUGUUUGACAAAACUGUUGAACAGGAGUUGCUGCAUUGAACACAUUCGGAAACUGUAAAUGGCUUUUUGUAUUCCAGCAUAUGAAUGUUGUAUCCCAGCACGGCGGACAUGUUGGCUCUGUAAGGGCAGCUACGGGAUCCAAAACACCGCCGUCUUACUCUUUAUUGACAUUACUCUUAUCAGCUGACUGAGAUGUGGAUGAACGUUUUUUUGAAAAACUAAUCCGGAUGCUUCUGCUGACUGAAAAUGAAUUCUCUCAUUAUUUGAUUUUAAACCUGUUGUGAUAAGCGGGCCAAAGUGUCAAAUGUAAACUGGGCAUUUUAACCAGCAAAUGCUGAUUUAAUUGGUAGUUUGGCAUUUUAGGAAAUACGUUUGUUUGCUUUGUUGCUGAGAGUUUUUUAAUACAAGGCUACAGCCAGCAGGCAGUUAGUUUAGCUUAGCAUAAUGACUAAAGAGGGGGGGGGGGCAGCUAGCCAUGCUCAGUCCAAAGGAAAAACACAUUCUGCCUACCAGCAGAAUACCAGCACCUCUAAACCUCACUUAUACAAAAACCAAAGUAAAAAAUCUAUUUGGGGUUUAAUCAAGUCUUGGGCCGAGCCAGGCUCAUUGUGUUUCACUCUGACUUCAGUAUUUAUACUAAGCUAACUAGCUGCGGGAUGUAGCUUAAUUUUUUAUCUUCUCUUCUAACUAAGAGUAUUUCCCAAAAUAUCAAACUAUUCUCUUAAAUUGAUCUGUUAAAAUCAUACCGAUCGUCGUUCACAGCAACUGUAUGUUGGGAUAUUGUUAUGUUGACAAAAUGCUACUUUUAGUCAAUAUCAUCCUUUGUUUUUUUAGCAUUCUGCUAUUUUGUUUACAUUCAUGGCAUUUGACUGAAUGGGCAAAAGUGAGUGUUGAUUCUCAGAUUCCAGAGAAAAUGUUGGACCAGCCUUAUGUGACUAAAUGUGCCUUGAAUUCUUGAAUUAGUUCUUCUCUUCCCCUCCGUGCUUCGAUAUCUGGUUUUGCUGUUGAAAACAGACGCUCUCACUAUCAGUUUUUUGGGGACCAACUCUUGAAGGAAGAGAAUGGACCACACACAUUCUGAGUGCAGUUAAAACCUGUACAACUGUAAAUGUUUAUACACUCCGCGCAACACAAACAUGAUGGCUGUGUUGCAGAACACUCCAGUAACAUUAAGUAUAUAUAUUUUAAAACUUGCUGUUCUCAAAGAUAUUUAUCCAUAUUGCACAUGUUCACAUUGAUGCAUUUCGGACUAAUUACAUAAGAAUUUGUAAGUGCUGUAUGAUAUGUAAGGUGACAACCAAAAUACAAUUAACUUGAGAAACCUUUUGUAAAUUUGAAAGACCAGCAUCCUUUGUCUGAGCUGCUAAGUUUUCUUUCAUUGGGGUACAUAAAAGUAUAUUUUUUAAUGAGGACAUAUUGCACCCUGGUAAUGAUAACCAGCUGUCAUGUCCUCUAUUUGUACUUUCCCUAUGACUCGCCAUAGCAGUUUAAGAGUGUGAAUCUUGUACAACAAUCUAACGUUUCCCAAGAUAGAUGGAUAUAUAUAUUUGUAAUUUUCUCUAUUUUGCCUUUGAAUAUGUAGUUUAUGAUCAAUGUUGCCAUUUGGCCGCAUUGGUUUAGUUUUGGUUUUUCUGAAGACCUACAGAAUUACGUGCUAGUGGAUCUCUACCCCUGUGUAAUAAUGAAACAUUAACAAAUGUUGAGUUAAUAAAAGGAGUCUGAAUAUUGAAUAAAAAUAAAAGUUCCUUUUCUUUA